AGCCCCGAUCAACUUACUCAUGGAGAGCUGCGGUAACAACAAUGCCGCCAGUGAGGAUCAAGUCCUUUUGCAGCCUCUUACCCACGUCCUCCAAGUCACAGGGAGGAUGACUAGAGGGAAAUUAGCCCAAGCCUUCAAUUACUGGAUGAGGAUAUCUGAGGCUAAGCUAAUGGCCAUAUCAGAGGUUAUCUACUUGCUGCAUAACGCUAGCCUUUUAAUAGACGACAUCGAGGACAACAGUGUUUUACGAAGAGGUAUCCCUGUGGCCCAUAGUAUAUAUGGAGUUGCAGCAACCAUAAACUCCGCUAAUUAUGUUUAUUUUUUGGGUCUCGAGAAAGUUCUGGCCUUGGAUCAUCCGAAGGCGACUACAGUGUUUUGCGAGCAGCUGUUGGAGCUCCAUCGAGGGCAGGGAAUGGAAAUCUUUUGGAGGGAUUCAUUUACUUGUCCAUCGGAGGAAGAAUACAGACUGAUGACCAUAAGAAAAACAGGUGGAUUAUUUGGCUUGGCUACUCGCUUAAUGCAACUUUUCAGUCAAACUCAGGAUGACUUUUCAAGACUUAUAGGGAUUUUGGGGCUGUACUUUCAGAUCCGUAAUGACUAUGCAAUACUUUGCUUGAAAGAGUACUGUGACAGUAAGAGCUACUGUGAGGAUUUAACAGAAGGCAAAUUCAGUUUUCCGGUUAUCCAUGCCAUUAAAAGUCAACCUGACGACCAGCAAGUUAUUAACAUCCUUCGUCAGCGACCCAAAGACCUGGAGGUUAAACGCUACUGCGUGUCCCUCUUGGAGAAGUUUGGUUCCCUUGAGCACACCAAAGAAACCCUGGAGAAACUGGAGGCCGAAGCGAGAGAGGAGAUUGCCAAACUAGGAGGCAACCCGCACCUAGAGGGCGUGCUGGACGAACUCCGGAACUGGUAGGAAUUUGAAACACCGAUUCCUCCAUGAGAAACGACUUGAAAUGGCGUCCAUGAGGCGACCAAUAAUCCCUUCUGUAUUUUAGAUGUAAAAGUCGUUACGCCUACCCAUUAUAUAGGCCUAUCGAUAUUAAUAUUUGUUUGAGGGAGAAGAAAACUGGCAGGGAAUGUAUAACAUGUGAUCAAUUAAUAUGGAUCUCCUUCCCAAAAACAGUCACUUCAACACAACUUUGCAUGUAAUGUGUAUAAUAUGCCUUAUUUAUUGAAAUUUCAUUGUCUCGUGCAUGCUUGAGAUACGCAAAG